AUGGAGCGGUGGUCAGGUCGUGUGGCCCUGGUGACUGGUGCCAGCAUGGGGAUCGGUGCCAGCGUGGCCAGGAGGUUGGUGGCUGAGGGCAUGAAGGUGGUGGGAGCAGCUCGUAGCAUUGACAAACUACAGGACGAGGAGGUGCUGGCCAUGUUCGCCAAGAUCAAGAAGGACCUCGGAGGCAUGGACGUGUGUAUCAACAAUGCAGGAUUCACCCACAACAAGUCCCUGCUGGGUCUGGGUAUCUACCCUUCGGCCCUCAAGCCCACUCACCCCCCAGUGUUUCUCACGCCCUUGCUCUCCUGCGGCUUUACAGAGAGAAGCCCCAAGGAGUGGCGUGAGAUGAUGGAUCUCAACGUUGUGGCUCUGUGCUUAUGUACGCGCGAGAGUAUUGCUUCCAUGCGAGAACGCGGCGUUGACGAUGGGCACAUCAUCCACAUCAACAGCAUUGCCGGACACCGUGUCAACCCCAAUAAAGCUAUUCACUUCUACGCCGCCACCAAGUUCGCCGUCACAGCACUCACUGAGGGAUUGAGGCAGGAGCUGAGGGAAGCUAACUCCAACAUCAGAAUAUCGGCCAUCAGUCCCGGUGUGGUGGAGACGGAGUUUGUAAUGAAUGCCCGCUUGGCAAAGGAUGCAAAUGCAGCCAAGAAGCUCUACAAGGAGCGCGGGAGCAUGAGUGCGGAUGACGUCACCGCCACUCUUGUCCACAUUCUCGGUGCCCCUCCCCAUGUUCAGAUCCAUGACGUGCAGCUGCGUCCCGUAACGCAGGUUAUCUGAAUGGGGUAGGUCCAACUCGGACCAUCUCCAACUCGGACCAUUCUGAAAUGCCAACUCGGACCAUUCGGAAAUACCAACUCGGACCAUUCUGAACGACCAACUCGGACCAUUCUGAAAUACCAACUCGGACCGUCAUCUCAACCAACUCGGACCAUUCUGAACGACCCACUCUGGCCAUUUUUAAUACAAAUUUGAACCAUUCUUUAUUCCAACUCGAACUCAAGAUCCAAACUGUAGGUGAAUCAUCCGAAUCAUCUUCUCACCCACACUCAUGUCCAGCCCAGGUUUCAUUUCUUGACCGGUUAUGAGGCAUCUCGACAACUCUCACCCCCAAUUCUCGGAAAAGAAAGGGGGAAUUCAGAUGGUUCACCCCCAACUCGGACCAUUGCCUACUCGGACCAUUUUGCCAGGAGGGACAUGUGGACCCCCCCACAUGUAUGAUGAACCGGUAAAACUAGAGAAUUACAACAGUAUGUGAGACCUGGGAAAGGUUAUUAUUCUCGUAGGGGCAAUAUUGGAGGCGCGUAGUGAAUCUCCAUACAUAACCCCUGCAUUAUAAUACAGAUCCAGAUCCAGACCCAAAAAAAUCUGCCAAAAUUAGGACUUGAACUACUACUACUACUACUACCAAACAUCUUUCAACUACUACGCUCACAUGCAUACUGACUACUGACUACUACCUGCUCACAUGUUUAAUAAGAGGCAUUCACCUGUGCGCCUUGGGGUCCGGCCAGCAGCUUCUCCCUGUCACAAGAAUCCAGUAGACAUCAUAGUCUCUUCUUUUCUCCUUUAGUCCUGCGUCACUUUCGGUCUGUUCACACGCUCUUGAUCCUCUUAGCCUCCCGCCGUCAUUAUUUCUCGGUUAUGAGGCAUGAAUGGCUUUUGUAUUGGUCACUAUUCGGCUUAUUUACUUGUCACACGAGGCUGGGCAGGUGCACCCCUCCAUUGCCGCGAGGAACACUGGACUUUCUGCGGCUUCCACCUUUCACAUCAACAAAGGUAAAAAAAGGAGAUCAUCAGGUUUUUAUGAGUGCCUUUUCACAAUCAUAGCAUGGUAGAAGGGUCAAACUAACACCAGGGCCAGUAAACUACCCCUGGAAAUGCUCAAAACUCCUACGAAAAGCGUGUCAAAUAUGAUCUUGGUACGAUAGUUUUCUAAUACAACAAGUCAAGCUUAUCCGCAAAAAUAUAAAAUAAAAACCUCACACCCUAUUUUGUGACGUUUUCAUCUUAACUAUUGAGGUUUAAUGAGCUCUGUAUGUUUAUUUUGAGCCAGUGUUCCAGAGCGAGCACUGAACAAAUUACUGUCUUGUGGCGCAAUGGCUGCUCCUCACAUCAAACUAUUUAUAAAGGCCAAAAAAAAAAGGAUAUCUACCGCGCUCUAAUGCCUUAUUUUGUAGGUUCAUGACACAAAAGAAUGAUCAAACUACCAAGUGUCAUAAAACUACUGCAAAUACCCAAAACUCUUACUACGAAAGCCUUGUCAAAUAUAUGUGUGCUUAGGCGCAAAAAUGUUUAAGGAGAUGACUCAUAACGAGCUAAUUCCAUGAUCAAAUAGUGUCUUUGUAACGGCCUGAACCAAACUAGACAAUCCUAUAUAUACUCCAUAACUGUUAGCUUUUCUACUCGCCACCAGAUGCACAAGAGAUUCCCUGUGUAUAGUUACCUCAGUUUCCUUAACGUAUAUAUAUGAACUCCAAUCAAUAUAGACAGGGAAUUGUCGAAGUCGCUGGUAUUGUUUCGGGAGCUUACUAACGUACCCAUCUUGGCGUUGGCGAACUGUGAAAAUGGCCCUAAUACUAAUAAAUGGCAACUGUUGACCUCUUCUUUAGGUUUUUUUGAAUUUGUUUGUUGAGCGAUAAUCAAAUAAACAGGAGAAAAGUA